AUGUUUGAAGAACAAGUUGCUAAUGAAAUUCAAGAAGCAGACAAACAGCAUGUCCGAGUCUCAUUCCCACAACGAUCAUGGCUGUCCAUAAUUUAGGACAAGAUUGUGUAGUAAAGCCAAAUGAGUCAGUCAGAAAUGAACGAAAAACAUGAGACUCGAUUGGGUGUGACACCAAGUCUCUCCGAUAGAGAAACUUUGUGCAGAAAAUAAAUUGGAUAAUCUGCCUGUUUUAGAGAGGAUUUAGGAAAAUCCAGGAUAAGUGAUUUAGAUACACCCACUACUCGAUACAGGACUUAACCACAUGAGGUUCAUUUUAGGAUUAGAGUGUUUAUUAAGUAUUUGUUCUUGAGGGUAGUAUUUACUGUUAUAGGUCCAUUAAUUUUGGGUUACAGUUUAAUUAGGAGAGAUUGGCUGAGUUUUAUGAGCAACUUCAGAAUGAUUGGUAAUUGGGGCGAAGUUUGGUAUAACUAUUUCCGAUGGAUAUCAAACUACAUCCUAGUUUUUACGAUCCUCUAUGAUACCACUGAUGAAGAAAAGAAAAUCAUGCAUUACGAAAUCGCAUUCUUCAUUAUUGUGUACAUCACUGAAAAUGUGACAUAUGCUAUUAAAUUUGCUUUUUUCCACCCCUCCAAAUUGGUGUUGAUAGAAAACUUCGAUAUUUGUGUAGUUGGUGACUCAUGUGAGUAGAGCAUCAACCCUUAUCAUUGGGCAUAGUAACACCAAUCUACAAUCAGCAAAGAAUUGGAGCAAUCCUUAAAGCGAUCCCAAGUGGAAAAUUCUAUAUUCCAAUUGUACUUCAUGGUUGCACCGAAUUCAGAGAGAUUGAAAAGAAUCUAAGUGCCAGAAUAAGAUUUAAAACAUAAAAUUUAGAUUGAAGAAACAGCUGCCGAUGGCUUUUUGAUGGCUAAUGAGAUAAUCAAUGAAUUCAAUAAGAGAAACAGUUAUAAAACUGCAAUACAACUCGCAAUCUUACUGGGAGUCAUACGAGUAGGGUUGUACAUCUUGAUCAUGGAACUCUGUGAAGAAUCCGUUAAGAGCACUAGCGUCGUUGUCUAACUUUCUCUUUUUCAGUUCAUGUACUUCAGCACGAUCCUCACGUUGAUGAUCCUGACUUACAGAGAUCUAAGGAGAAAGGUUUUCUCAAUGACACAACUAUCGCAUCUGAUAUCAGCAGAAAAAGUUGAAGUCUACCAGGAAUCCAAGAUCUUUCCAACCAUCAAUUUGUUAUGCACUGUUUCCAUAUACUCCUGGGUUAAUCUGAGGAUGAUCCUCCUUGAUUAUGGGUUGCAAUACACAAGAAGACAAACAUUCAUAUUGUCAUUCAUCAUGAUUAUCAAUACCAUUUUGAUGGGUGUGAUGACUCUUCUCUUUUAUUUGGAACUCGCCUCUAUGAAUACCAUACUCCAACAGACUAUGGACUUCGCAAUUAUUGCUACCUUCUCUAUUGGCUUAGUCUUAUAGGGAGCGAGGAUUAAUGCUCAUUGGUCUAUUCAUAGGGGAUUACUGAGAAAGAAUCUCUUUCUUAUUCAAUAAUUGGCCUAUCAAAUGUUCAGGCCUUUGGAUUACAGCUUUAAAGCAGAAGACCCUGUGUUUCAUGCUCUAUCAAGAAUGCUGGAUACUACCUAUUCAGAUGUCAUUAUUAGAGAAGACUCGCUGCUUAAUUACUCAACUUUUUGCAUCAGUUCGAUUCAAUAUGUGUUUGAUAAUUUGGGACAUUAAGAAAAGUCUUAGCCCUACACUGUAAUGGGUAUAGCUAUGACAUAUUAACUAUUGUUAUAAGUUUGUGUGAGUGCAUUGGGAUUGAUUGCAACUUCAGGAUUGAAUUUCAUACUGUAGGUUACUAAAUGA